UUCACUUGAUUCAAGAUUUAUACUUCCCAAUAGUGAAACUAUAAGAAACACAAUUAUUAAUGCAUAUAAUCGAACCAACGGACUUAUUCAAAAUAAAAUAAUAGAAACUGCGGAGUUUGUGGCACUUACUUUAGUUGUUUGGUCAGACUCUUACGUUGGAAUAACUUGUCAUUGGAUUACGAGUGAUUUCAAGUUAAUUGACGUUGUUCUCGACGUGAUCAAUUUUUCAGGAACUCAUGCUGCAACGGAACUUUUUGAAAAACUCCAGCUUCUAUUAUCUAAAUUUGGAUUAGCUCAAGAAAAAAUCGUUAGCAUUACUAAUGACAAUGAUAAUGUGAAAACUGCUUUGUCACAAAUGCAAAUUGAAAUUAUUCCAUGUUUGGCAAAUAUCUUAAAAAUUAGCGUUGAAUCGGGAUUGCCAUAUACUAAUGACAUUUUAAACAAGUCAAAAAAGUUGAUUGAGAUUUUAGGAAAUGACACGAAUCGUCAAAAAUUAAGAGACAUUCAACAACAAAUUGAUCGAAGUAUUAAACAUCCACUGGAUGUAUUAAAAGUCAAGGAGGAUUGGAAUUCAAUUUAUCAUGCUAAUCGCCGUUUAAUAAUACUGCAACCUUCAAUUCGAUAUUUAUUUAGUACUCUUAAUAACAAUAUAUUAGAUAUUAGUAGAAACGAUGAAAAACUAAAAGAAAAUAUACUAUCUGAUGUUGAAUUUGAUAUAUGUAGAGAACUUGACAUUAUCUUAAACCUAUUCUAUGAAUUAACUGAAAUGUUGAAAGGUUCAAAAUAUCCUGCAUUGAGUUUCGUGACCCCAGCAAUUGAAAAUCUUAAGCAACAUCUUAGUAUUUAUCAACCUAAAAAUGAUGUCAUUCGACAGAUAAUAGAUAAUAUACUAGAUAAUCUUAAAAAGAACUUUGGAGUGCCUUCAACUCUUGGACUAUAUGGGUCUUUUUUUGAUCCUCGUUUCAAAAAGCUGCUUUAUAUUGACAGUGAACUUCGAUGCCAAAUUUUAAAUAAUCUUCGUGAACAAUUUACGAAACUUGUAGAACCAGCAACUUCCAACACUUUAGGUUCGGAUUCGAAAAUGUUGACAUUUUUUCAUAUAUUUAUUCAAGAAAAUGGACAAAUGGAAUUUGAUAAAUACCUUGAAUUACCUCAAUUACCUGUAACUGAGGAUAAUAAUCCUUUGAGAUGGUGGA